AAGACGUCUUUGAUGAACCAAUAUGUUUAUAAAAAAUUCAGCUCGCAAUAUAAAGCCACGAUUGGUGCUGAUUUUGUUUCAAAGGAGAUACAAGUUGAUGGCAAACUUGUAACUUUGCAGAUUUGGGAUACGGCAGGGCUGGAAAGGUUCCAUGGUCUUGGUGCUGCAUUUUAUAGAGGAGCAGAUUGCUGUGAUCUGGUAUAUGAUGUAAAUAUACACAAGACAUUGGAUACACUAAACAACAUAUAUGCAUUGGAAAUUGAGUUGCUUUCAUGA